UGAGCCAGAAGCUGUCCCUGCUGGAGCUGCGUCAGGCCGUCCAAUCGCUGCGCAGCUCAGAGGCCUCCCUCCUCUCCCAGAAGGCCUUGCUGGACACCAAGAUGGCCGCCGCGGUCGCCUCGCCGCCGCUAGCGCUGCAGUAUGAGGACGACACACGCUCGGUGUCGUCGACGGACAAGAAGGAGAAGAGCUCCCGCUUCGACACGCUGCGCCACUCGCUGGCCGGCAUGAUGCGCUCGCCCAAAGCCAUGCUGGGCUCCUCCACUUCGCAGUUCUUUGAUGUGAUUCCCACGUCGGAGCGCCCCCUGGCGGAGCAGGAGUGGUACCACGGAGCCAUCCCCCGCACCGAGGCUCAGGAGUUGCUACGGCAACAGGGGGACUUCCUGGUGAGAGAGAGCCACGGGAAGCCGGGCGAGUACGUCCUGUCGGUGUUCUCUGACGACCAGAGGCGCCACUUCAUCAUCCAGUUCGCCGACAGUCAGUACCGGUUUGAAGGGACGGGCUUCCCCACCAUCCCUCAGCUCAUCGAGCAUCACUUCUCCUCCAAGCAGGUCAUCACCAAGAAGUCUGGGGUCGUCCUGCUCAACCCGGUCGUCAAGGACAAGAAGUGGAUCCUGAACCAUGAAGACGUCGUGCUGGGAGAGCUACUAGGAAAGGGUAACUUUGGCGAGGUCUUCAAAGGAACGCUGCAGCGAGACAAAGUGCCCGUUGCCGUCAAAACGUGUAAAGAGGAUUUACCUCCGGAGCUGAAGAUCCGCUUCCUGUCCGAGGCCAGGAUCCUCAAGCAAUACGAUCAUCCCAACAUCGUGAAGCUGAUCGGCGUCUGCACUCAGAGGCAACCCAUCUACAUCGUCAUGGAGCUGGUUUCAGGCGGGGACUUCCUGUCGUUUCUGAGGAAGAAGAAAGACGAGCUGAAGACGAAGCAGCUGGUUCGCUUCGCCGUGGACGCUGCUGCCGGCAUGGCGUACCUGGAGAGUAAAAACUGCAUCCACAGGGACCUGGCCGCCAGGAACUGUCUGGUCGGAGAAAGCAACGUGUUGAAGAUCAGCGACUUCGGGAUGAGCCGGCAGGAAGAUGACGGCGUUUAUUCAUCUUCUGGACUCAAGCAGAUUCCCAUCAAGUGGACGGCACCUGAGGCCCUGAACUACGGUCGCUACAGCUCAGAGAGCGACGUGUGGAGCUACGGCAUCCUGCUGUGGGAGACCUUCAGCCUGGGGGUGUGUCCGUACCCGGGGAUGACCAAUCAGCAGGCCAGGGAGCAGGUGGAGAAAGGCUACAGGAUGUCGUGUCCUCAGCGUUGCCCUGACGACGUGUACAAAGUGAUGCAGCGCUGCUGGCAGUACAACCCGGAGGACCGGCCCAAGUUCUCCGAGCUGCAAAGAGACCUGGCGGCCAUCAAGAGGAAGUGAGGCGAGGCCACGCCCACAGGGGGCGGGGCCUGGGUUACCUGGCGGCCAUCAAGAGGAAGUGAGGCGAGGCCUGCAGCCACUUCCCAUUAGAUGGUACAUGAGUUUUCAAGUGCUGUUGCCAUAGAAACGGCCAACAAGAUGUAAACAAACGGUGCCUAAAGGAUUCAGCCAUUUUUAGACACAAUGUGAAGACAAGCCACUAAGCCCCGCCCCCAGAAUGCCUCCUGGACUGUAACCAUGGUGACAGAAGUUUCCAUGUUAAAGCUCUUUUGUUCUCUAUUUAUUUUUUAAUUUGUUUUUAUUUCCGACAGCCAGCUGUCAGUCGCCUCAGGCCCCGCCCAGUCUGCCUUCCACUAAACUUUCCCUCUAAAUGGUGUCGCUUAGUCGUCAUGGUAACAAAUCAUGACUCCUGAUUGGUCGGCAUCAUUUUCUGGGCUUUGUGAGAACUGAGCGCCACCUACUGUCACAGUAAAUGAACUCCAAUGUUUUGUUGUUUUCAGUACUAAUCGUUUCUUUUAUAAACUUGUUAUAAAAAAUUUGUAUCAUUUAUAAUGAAAAUAAAUCAUAAGACUAUA